AUGACUGCGACUCAGGCGUGCACCGCAAAGUGUAGUUUUGAGUUUAUCGUAUCGAACGUUGAUAAACUCAAAGGCACGUUCUGCACACCGCCAUUUGCCACUUCAACAGAUCAUUUCUGGCAAGUCAAAUUUGAUCCGAAUCCAAAAGAUAUCCAAAAUCAUUGUUCGGUCUUUUUAUGCGCGAUACCCAAUUCAGAAGAAGAGUUGUCAAAUACAUUAUGGGCGCGAAGACAUAAAGUAAACGUCAUGAUGUGGAUGAAAGAUGCUGCUGGAUCAAACAACUCUUCAAACAUUGUUAAUCCAGUCGAGUUGAAAAUGGGAAAUUAUUCCAAAGAGAAGCAAGUAUGGGGUUUUCCCCGUUUUUGUCGAAAGUCGGUCCUCACAAAGAAUGUCAUUAUCGGAAUAUCACUGAGCGAGGCUAAACUGGAUAUCGAUAGAACGACAACUCCAUUAUCCCGUAAAGGCAUACCAACUAACUUGCUCGAAGCGUGGCUGAGUGAACUGAAUAACAGUGACAUUGCAGACGUUCAAUUUUUAGUACAAGGCAAACAGAUAUACGCACGCAGUUUUAUAUUAAAGAAGCGAUCGGAAUAUUUCAAUAAACUGCUAAAGGAAGAAGACUUUGCUUAUGGGAUGAGGAUAGUGAGAAAACAACCCGGUCGACGCAAUGCGCAGGCAAAUCGCGAAACUGAUAUAGAUUCUCUUGCUUCCCUUGAAUCAGUCGGAUUAUAUACUUACAUAAUCGACGUACCCGACUUUAAGCCCGAAACGUUCCUGGAAAUGCUUCGAUAUUUGUAUACCAAUACCGUUAUAUUUGAUGACGAUGAAAAUUCGGGUACGACGAUUAUCGAUAUGCUUAAGAUAGCUGACAAGUAUUAUCUUGACGAUCUCAGGCAAGUAAUCAUAUCCGAAGUAUCGAAAAGAGUAAAGAAAGCAAAUGCAGCAGAAACACUCGGUGAAAUUGUGUGGAAAGUCCCCGGAUUCAAGCAAGAUAUGAUCGAUCUCGUAUUAAAGGCGUUCCCAGAGUCAAAGGCAAUCCAGGUGUUGCAGCAAGUCAGCAAAUCAGUUACACGAAAGAAACAGCAACAUGCUUUACAAACAAUAGGAAAGAAGUCGUACAAGAAAUAUGUUGAAUACUGUAGAAUGCAGAUGAUCGAAGCCGAUGAUCCAAGCAUGGUGAAAGUGUGGGCUGAAAAGACCGUAGAUGCCCAAGUAAUUUAUUCCUUAGUCGAUAAUAACGAUGAAUGGUGGGCUAAAGUAGCUGGACUAACGAUACAAGAAGCCCAACCUAUAGUCGAUGAGUUUAACAGAGAAAAAUCAAAGAAGGGGGCCGAAAAGAAACCACCUAAAUCUCGACGCGAAGAACCUAUUAGGGAAGGCGUAGAAUGGUCAUCUGGUUCGUCCGGUCCCAGUCGACAGCGUCGUGACGUAUACGAUGCUCCACCCGAUGUCUCGUAUGAACGGUCUGCCGCCAAGCCGUCUAGUCGCAGUGCGAGUCGUGAUAGAGCUCGAAGCGAUAGCCGUGCUACCAGUAGGUCUUCUACGUCUCGUCGACUUAGUCAGGAUGGAAUGUCGUUAUCUAGUCUUCCAGGAUCCUCUAGCCGAUCGUAUCAAUCACGGCACACGAGUCGGGAUAGAAUGUCUUCCUCCACCUGUCCGAGAUCACCCAGUCCGCAGAGGAUGUCCACAUACGCAAGAUCACCCAGUCCUUACAAAAAAGAUCGUGGCUCGUCUGUCAACUAUGGAAGACCUCUUAGUCCAUACACAGAAGAGCGCGAUUCUUAUUACGGUUAUGGCAGAUCUCAUGUUUCGUACGCCAAAGAGCAUGUACCGCCUGUUAGUUAUGGUAGAUCUCCUAGUCGAUCUAGUGAUCGAGAUAUAGCCUUUGAACAAGAAGCGGGAAGGGCGAGUGUUGUUCAGUCAUCAAAUAGUCGUUCAGUCAAGAAUGAAGCAUCUUAUCGUGAUAGUAGAAGCCUCGAUCAGAGUUAUCAUUAUCGAUUCGAGAGGUACAGCAGUGCCUCUUCGUAUCAUCCCGAUAAACAUUCUACUAAAUGA